CAACGGCCAAGGCAACAAUGGAACCUUCUUCAUCCUCAAUACCCCCCAGACCAAUCCUACCCCGUCCAACAACAACGCCCGCCACCCCAUCCGCACCAAGGUCCACCAGCCACUUGGUAAUCCCGCGGAAAUCAAAGGUCAUCUCAGCCUGCCAACCCUGCAAGCUGAAAAAGAUAAAAUGCGAUGGCAACCGUCCCGAAUGCGGGCCUUGCGUGUCAAAAGGCCGAAGCUGCGAAUACACAGUCCAGGGCAACAGAACAGAGAUCCUCAUAAGACGACAGCAGGCUUUGCAGGAGAACGUUGAAUCGUUCGCGGCGCUGUAUCGGUAUCUCCAGGAACGGCCUGCGAAUGAAGCUAAUAGUCUGUUUGAGCGGAUUCGCGAUGGUUUCGGCAUUGAAGCGGCGCUUGAGUUUGUGAAAAGUGAGGAUAGUAGUCCUGCCUCAGCUUGUAGAGACCCACCAAGUGCCAGGGUGAGAUGGAGUCAACAGAUCUACGACUGCAAUCUACUCUUCGAGAACGAGCUCUUGUCAACCGAGACCUCGGACGUGGCUAUUCAAGCCUUGCGAGAUGGCGUCGACUGUUACUUCUUAUACAUGGGCAACAUGUUUCCUAUUUACACGAAGAAGGAAGCCAAUUCAAUUCUUGACACCUUUCAAGAAGCAAAGCCAGAUCAGGUUGCCAGCAGAAAAAUUGCUUACGGGGAGUUGCUGGCUAUUUGUGCAUUGGGCUUCCAAUAUGAUCGACAGAUUCUACCAAACGGCAACGUAUCAAUAUGCACGCCGUUCUACCAGAAAGCUCGGCUGUUUCUUGAUUACGUAGUGGAGCAGGCUCCUCUGCGGGCGAUGCGGAUAUGCUGUUGUUUGGGGAUCUACAAUGUUAUCGCCAAGUCAUCAUUGGCAAUCUCUUAUACAGAUUGGGGUAUCCUACUUGGCUCCUCAAGCGGACUUGGUGUUGGCAAAAAGCCGCCGGGUCUGUCAGAACAAGAUUUUAACGGAUAUAUUAAGACUUUCGCGGCACUUAUCACGGUGCGAAGCUGGGUGACAGCCACUCUUGGGCAUAUUCCCAGUCCCGAGGUCUCUCGAUGUAUUCACGAAACAAGGGAACAAAUCGACAAUACCGGUGCUCUUGAUUCCGCAGCCGAGGAACCUGUUCUCGGUGUUCUGCAGCAGAAGAUGGCCCAGAUCACAGUCCUAAAAGCCAACGUCGUCCAAACAGUGGCAUCCUUCAGAGUGUUGUCCCCCACUAUCCUGAGACAGAUGCAUAGAGACCUCGAGUUAUGGCGAUUGAGUCUCCCUGCUUACAUGCGUCUCGAGACCUUGGUUCACACACCAGAGAUAUCUCCUGACCAGCGUCGCGUGACUUUCUACAUGCACCUUUUCUACAUGUCCGCCUUGAUUCUCAAAACUCGGGCCGUACUUGCGACUCAAAGGGAUAUAGGGGCGUGUACCUGGGAUCCAGAAGCCAAGGCUGCUAUCUUCGAAGGCAUACAUGCUGCUCGCAACUCAGCUCAACUUCUCGGGCUAAUCCUCGAGGAGAAAGCUGUGGUGAAAAACUGCUGGCUGACUAUGUAUCAAUGCUAUGUCACCUUCUUGAUGCUGAACUUUACUGCCAUCAAAAGCUUCCUUGUAGGGGGCGCUACAGCAUUCAAGCAGCAAGACGUGACUCUUUCAAGAACAUGCAUCGAAAUCCUUGCUUUAUGUGCUACAAAAGACAGGAUAGCACGCAGCUUCAACACACGAGUCACGAAAUAUCAAGACAUCAUCAAAGAGCAUUUGCCAGAAUCCCAACAAGACACGUCAGAGGGUCCUGGUUCCUACGAAGACGGACUAUCAGAUGACGACUCUUACCUAUUUAUCGAAUCUAGCGGCAACGCCAGACUUCAUCACCUGAUGUAUGAGCUACGGGAACUACUUUGCUAUCCCCUUACACUUCUGAAAGGAGGUUCUGAGGCUGACAUGCCAUAUCCUACUAUUGUUGAAGCAUCUGUCAACGCUGAUAUCAACUUUGCUCAUCACCUCGCCUCACCGUUUAAUAUGGCUGAGGACGAGGUCCCGAAUGGCCUGUUUCCACCUGAGGAUAGCCUUAAGGAAAGUCAUGACUAUGACGCGAGGACGGAGGGUUAUCUAACUGGCUCUGUUCCUUUUGGAUGGGAUGUCUCUGCGUGGAGACGAGAUCCUGGAGUCGGAAGCCUGGAUAAUACUUGAGCAAAGGCAAUCAUAUUGUAUUGUCCGUGUAUCUUUAUUCAUCUUCUACUCUUCCUACCACGUCAUCGCUUGACAAUAAUGUUCUGUAAGGUAUCUAUAACGGUCUGAAUUUCUU